AUGGUAAGUCCUUAUAACUUGGAAUCAUCAAAUCAACUCUCCAAGAACCAGAAGAAGAAGGAGAAUAAAAGGAAAAGACGUCAGAAAGCCAUCAGUGAAGGUAACCUUCGAGCUAAGAUGGCUUAUCUUGAGAAGAGAGCUGCAUAUACUCAGCGAGCAGCUAUGACUAACCACGAGUUGGGUCUUUAUUAUAUUGAACAAGCUGGAAAAUGUCCAGAUAUGUUCCUAGGUUUUACUUGUCCUUGUUGUGACCUCAGGUCUUUCACUUUAGGUGAUUAUUUAUCUCAUCAAUGUCAGUGUUCCUACAGUGUCUGUAGAAUGAGUGAUGUGUUCGCCACAACCGAUUCACCGCAACAGUUACCACAGUUAACUUCAUCAACAGUACCAUCUUUGAACGAUCAAUUAUCGUCAAACAUUGAUCACUUAUUCGCUCAACUGUCUGAGAUGAUUUCCCAAGAAGUGAUCAACAAUCAACCAGUGCCACAGUCGUCUCCGUCAUUUUCUCAAGAAGUUGAUGCUCUAUUCAGUCAAUUUUGUGAAGAGCUGGGUCAACAAUCAACAUUACAACAAAUAUCAUUGGAGGAUAUUGAUGAUUUAUUACGGGAUACACAAGUAGAGAAUGAACAAUCAAUCUUACCUGUUACCGGAGUACCCACUUCAGUUAUCAAGUUUGCUGUUUAUGAUGUCAGUACCUUAAUCAAUGUAAUGUUUAAUGAAAUAAUAAGGGUAUUAUCUCAUGAACUAUUGGUUAAAAAGUUGAUAAAAUUCCAUUUCUGUUUACAUAUGACCUUUGAGAAAGAUAAUGGUAAUGAAGGAAUUGUACAAAAAAUGGACUACAUCUGGACAAGGUUAACAACUUUGAUGCAGGCCGAUGAUAUUAUCAAUUUAGUUACUGAUUCUCUCCAUGGAUUAGAGUCUCAAAUAGAUGAAUAUUCUCAAAGAGGAAGUGGAUGGCGUCUGAUAAAAAUUGAUACAAUUGAACUUCGCAUCUUAAAGUUCAGACCAAUUAAAGGUGGUUGCAUGCAACAUCCUCUUCCAACAGAGUUGAUGAAGAAGACAAAGUCCAUACGAACUGUUAAAUGUAUAACUGAUUGUUUCAUGUAUAGUGUAUUAGCUGGUCUUCAUCCGCUGGAUCAUGCUGAACGAACAUCGAGAUAUAGUGACCUUAUUGAUAGGUAUGAUUUUUCUAUGGUUCGUGGCAUAGUCGAAUUACACCAAAUUUCUCGAUUUGAGAAGAGAAAUAACAUCUCAGUGAAUGUUUAUACAUUUGAUGAAGAGGAUAAAAUUGUGAUUCCACUCAAAGUAGUCAAAGAUGAAUGUUCUAAACAUGUAAACUUAUUUUUGUACAAUGAACAUUUUCAUACAAUCACUCGUCUUGAAUCUUUUGUGCGAGGUAAAAAUCACGCUUACUGCUGUCCAAGAUGUCUCUAUCAUUUUCGAGAAAGACAAAAACUAAGUGAUCAUCUUGAGUUUUGUAAAAAAGUCGACCCACAACGUGUAUCAAUGCCAAGUGGUGAAUAUCUUCACAUCUGUCGUAAUAAAUACAACAAAGAGUCAAAGCAUCCUUUUAUGAUUUACGGUGACUUUGAAACUCUGUCAAUUCCAACAGCUAAUGUUACUGGUGAAAUUAAACUUAAUGAACCAUGUAGUUUUGGUUUGAUUGUGGUUAACUGGAGACAAGAAGUGAUCCAUUCAAAAUUUUAUCGUGGAAAUGAUGUGGCUCUUGUUUUCCUUAGAGAAUUGUUAAAUUUGCAACCAUUUCUUGAUCAAUACUUCAAAGACAAUACUUUCCCCAACGUAAAUAUGACACCAAAUGAUGAACUGAUAAUGCGUAAUUCAAAGUAUUGUCACAUUUGUUUGCGAGUACUCGGUAAAGGUACAAUUGUUCGUGAUCAUGAUCAUCUAACCGGUAAAUUCAGAGGAGCGGCCCAUCAGGAAUGUAAUAUUAAUUACCAAGUACCCAAAGAUGUUCCUGUGGUUUUCCAUAAUUUGAAAAACUUUGAUGGUCACAUCAUUAUCAAAGCCCUAGAAAGUGGAAUGUUCAACAGGCCACCGACCAUCCUCGCACAUACAAUUGAAAAGUAUAUUGGAUUUCAACUGGAUAGAUUCAAGUUCAUUGAUAGUUUGGCAUUUUUACCAUCUAGUUUGGAUACACUUUCAUCCCAAUUAAAUGUGGAUAAAAAAGAAAAAUUUAUUAAACAGGCGUUUCCAGGAGAUGUUUCACUGUUAUUGAAGAAAGGAUCUCUUCCAUAUGAGUAUCUGGAUUCACAUGAGAGGUUCAGUGAAACAUCAUUACCUCCCAUCGAAAAAUUUUACUCUACAUUGACUGAUUCAAAUAUAAAUCAAGAAGUGUAUGAUCAUUUGAAUGAAAUUUGGACCAAAUUCAAUUGUCAAUCAUUAGGUGAUUUCCAUGAUAUUUACCUAAAGGUUGAUGUUUAUUUACUUGCUGCAGUGUUUGAAAAUUUCAGGGGGACAAGUAUUGAAUUUUUCAACAUUGAUCCACCUCAUCAUUGGUCAGCACCAGGCUUAACAUGGGCUGCAGCACUUAAAACAACUUGCAUCAACCUCACUUUGUUUUCUAAUCUGGACAUGUUGAUGAUGAUUGAAAAAGGGAUCAGAGGAGGAUUAACUAUGGUCAGCAAGAGACAUGUUGUCGCUAAUAAUCCCCAAGUUCCCAAUUAUGAUCCAUCAAAGCCACAAACUCACAUUAUUUACUUGGAUGUGAAUAACCUUUAUGGGUAUGCAAUGACUCAAAGAUUACCUGUUAGAGGAUUUAAGUGGGUUGACAUUAAUUCAUCAGAUACAUUAUUAGAUGAUAUUUUAUCAACACCAGAUGACAAUGAUUAUGGUUUCUUUGUUGAAGUAGAUCUAGAGUAUCCUCCAGAGAUUCACGAUCUACAUAAUGAUUACCCUCUUGCACCAGAAAGGAGAGAGAUCACAAGGGAAGAGCUGAGUGAUUACCAAAAGUCACUUCUUGUGAAUGUUGAAUCACAAGGUGUUAAAUAUCGACCAACACCAAAAUUAAUGACUACAUUUUAUAAAAAGGAGAAAAUGGUUCUUCAUUAUCGAACUUUAAAGUUCUACAAGGAAAAGGGAAUGUUAAUAACAAAACUCCAUCGUGUUAUCACCUUCUACCAAGAGGUCUGGCUCAAGACAUAUGUUGAUUUCUGUACUGUACAGAGACAAUUAGCUACCAACACUGCUGACAGUAACUUUUGGAAGCUGAAUGUUAAUGCUCUUUAUGGGAAAACUAUUGAAAAUGUAAGGAAUCAUCUCAAUGUAGUUGCAGUUGAUACACCUAGUAGAGCCAACUUCCAACUGAGAAAAGAGCUUUGUGAACGGUUCUUGAUCUUGAACGAUAAUUUGGCUCUGGUUCAGAUUAAAAAAGCAAGAGUUGUCAUGAACAAGCCAAUAUCAGUAGGAUUCUCAAUUCUUGAACUUGCUAAAUUAAAAAUGUAUGAAUUACAUUAUGAUAAGUUCAAGAAUCAUUUCAAUGAUAAGAUUCAGUUGAUUUACACUGAUACUGAUUCUCUCAUCUAUGAAGUUGAAACUGAUAACUUGACACAAGAUUUUCAAUCAUUGUUGGAAAUCAUGGACUUUUCCAAUUAUGACCCUUCCAGUCCCCUCUAUUCAACUGAUAAUCACCGAAAGAUUGGUUACUUGAAGGAUGAAAUGGGUGGAAAGCCAAUUCAUGAAUUCAUUGGGAUCAAACCAAAGCUCUAUGCUUUCAAGACUGAUGAUGGUACCAAGAAAGUGGCCAAAGGAGUUCAGAGGUCAACAUUGAAGAAUAAAAUUGAUUAUGAUGAUUAUGUUAGGUGUUUAUUUGAUGAGAAUGUACAUAGUGAAAAUGUAACAAGAUUAGGGUCACGAAAUCAUCAAAUUAGUUUAAUUAAACAAAACAAAAUAGCUUUAUCACCAUUUGAUGAUAAGAGAUUUCUUUUAAAUGAUAAAAUUAAUAGUUAUGCUUAUGGUCAUCAUAAAUCAAAUGAAACAUUGUAA